AACAAUAUAUAUACGUACAUAUAAAUUGUAAAACUCCUGAUUGAAUCAACUCAAAGAACAGAGCUUCGAAGAGGGGGAAGCAGAGAUGGGACUCAAAAACAGAGUAGAAGAAGAUAACUAUUCAAUGAACGAAGCUCUGCUGCUUGCUACCAUGUGCAUCAUUGGUCUGCCAGUGGACGUGCAUCUGAAAGAUGGCUCUAUUAUCUCUGGAACCUUCCACACUGGUUCGGUUGAGAAGGAAUAUGGUAUUGUUUUGAAGAAAGCAAAAUUGACUAAAAAGGGAGAUGUGCCACCAAUGUUCCAAUGGCAGUGUGGUAGAGACUCUGUAAUCUCGCUGGGAGUCCCUCUUCCUUUUGAUGGUUUCGCUGGAAAUACAGCUCAUGCUAAUGGAGAAGCUGCAUUUGAAAUUCUCCCUUCUGCCAAUCCACAGUAUGAGACCAGGAAGUUCAAUAAGUCUACCAUGGAUAAAAGGAAAAGUAAUAAGAAAAGUAAUUCUGUCCAAAAUGAGAGUGGAUUUGCUGAUGGCUUUAUACCCACAAAGCUGGGAAGGAACAUGAGAGUCGAAUGUUGUUGCAAGUCUAUGGGAAAUACAAAGGAAGUUUCAUAUCAGAAAAGAGAUGGGACAAACAUUGAAAAGGUUUUGAAGUUCAUGUGUAAGAUCCAAUCAUAUUGCUUGGGUCAUCUGGUUGGCAGGUUUUUCUCCAUGGAAACUGGUGAAGAUGCUUCUGGUGCCACUAUUGCUGGGAGACAGGUAGGAGCUGAUAGGUUGCUGCUUUUGCAGGAUGACUACGACCAAAGGACAUGGCACUCAGUUUCAAGCUACGAGUCCUCUGCUGUUGACACUUUUAAGCCAGUCCAGUUACGGGUUUCCCUAGAAUCAUGCCACAGUUCAUUUGCCGCUCCAACUCCCAUUGCUACAGACAUUCCCCAAUAUCCUGUUUGUUCUGGUAUUUCAACUUCUACUCCAGCUGCAGAUGUUUCCCUAGAAUCUGCCAGGGAAUUUAAGCUUAAUCCAGGAGCAAAGUUUUCUCUCCAUCUUUGCAACUGCCAUAUCAGUGGCUUCUCCUAUGGUACCAACCGUAGCAAAUGUGUUACAUGCCAGACCUGCAACUGGUGUCGGUGUUACUCAAUUUUCUCAACAUAUUGUUGGGCAUACGGGGGUAGAACUCAGCAACUAAGAUAUGGUGGUCAAUAUCAUCCUGUUCAGGCUACACCAGCAUACUUGAAUCCAAAUCCGCAAGAAGUCAUUUAUGGACGACUGGGACAGCUCAUUUGUGUGCCUGUUUCUCAUGAUUUGGUUCAGGGUGCGGCAACUCUCUCUCCAGAACCGGCCCGUCCUCUGACCGCGUACCAUGUCCAAUUUCCGAAACACCAAGGCCAAGCAUUUCAGCUUUGUGUACCUCAACCUUUCAUAGCCGGCGGACAGCAACCAUUGGCGGUGCCAAGCCACAUUCCAUUUCUACAGCCUCGUUUCCCUGUUAAUCAUCCGAUACAAGUUCCGGGAUCUAAAGGUAUAUUUAGUGCAAAGCUUCCAUAAAAGUUUGUUACUUCAUUAGUAUUACCCUUUUAUUUCUGUCUGUUUUAAGACGAUAGUUUUGAUUUUUGGAGAGCAUUCAGCAUUGUGUUUCAUCUUCAUACAA